AUGGGAAUAUUGAAAGGUAAAGAUACGGCUUUAGAACAUAUUGAAAAGUCGAAAUUGGCUUUUCUGGCAACGUUAUGUGAAGUGCAAAAAGGACCAGCAGAGCAUGCAAUGCCGCCCAAAGAUCAUUUCAUUCUCAAGUUUGAUCCAAAUUCAAUUCGGAAUUUGAAAGGACGUGUCUACGAAAAUAUGAAACAAUAUUCUUAUGAACAACUAGGUGAAAGUAUUCCGGCAUUUUUCAAUAGCAAGGAAACUGAAAGUGGUCUCAUCAAUCCGACCAAACCACCAGUACCAAUUGUCAGUCGUCAAUAUGUCGCUUGCAUUUAUGAUAAUCUCAAACAAAUCGAUUGUUUGAUUGAAAUUGGUUGGAGUGAAGUCGACGAAUUAGUUAAAACUGCCAACGCUCGACGCAAAUCCGUCGUCUAA